CUUUGAUGCUGACUUGGUCACCAGUUAGAUUCCAACACGCAGAUCUACUUUCACUCGCCCUAAUGACUUCGCUCGGUAUGAAAGAGUCUAAAGCACCCCACCUAAUAUCUGAUGAGGCUAUUCCGAUGUACGAACAUUUGAAGAACAAUGAAAUCAGAUUAUUAGAGGUCAAACCUGCGUUCAAUGAUGAAGAAGAGAUGGUUUGUCGUCUUCGGACAGUGUUCCGAGAUGCCGCACCAAAUUACAAAGCUCUAUCGUACUGUUGGGGACCGCCCGAAGAACGAGGAAAGAGGUCAAUUGUCUUAGAAAUUGCGAGCCAGAGGAUUCGAUGGCCAGUAACUCCUACUCUGGAGAUGGCUCUCCGCAGACUGCGAAAUACUGAUGGAUCCACGUCACUGUUGAUCUGGGCAGAUGCAGUGUGCAUUAAUCAAGAAGAUGAAGUAGAGAAGGGACAGCAGGUCCAAGAGAUGCGUCACGUCUACCAAAAUGCCGUGGAAGUGGCUAUUUGGCUGGGACCAGCAGACCAGGACAGUGUGCUAGCUUGGAAACUCAUGAAUGAUCUCUUCUCAAGUGAUCUAGAGAAAUUUCCCCAAGAACCUAGAAGAUUGGCACAGUUCAACGAAGCACAGUUCCGCGCAUUUCAGAACCUAUUUCGAAGAGACUACUUCUGGAGAAUUUGGAUAGUCCAAGAGAUUGCCUGCGCCAGAAAGGCUACCGUCUAUUGCGGUGCUGACUCUAUGCCUUGGUCGAGGCUGCUAUUUCUUUCUGAAACAUUGGAUAAGGUUCUGGCAAGAGCUCGAGAUGAGGGCUACGAGGACGAUUCUGCAAUCGUGUUUCUGAUGAUGCGUGGCGGUCCAGGAAUCUUAAAGGCAACAACGACCUCUAUUGUCUCUUUCUCAGCGGUACACGCACAGCCUCUCUUGGACCUGCUCUGUUCGCAUAUGAUCAAAGGGUCUACAGAUCCGAGGGACAAGGUACAUGGUCUUGUGGGCAUCUCGGCUGACUGGGCAGAUUUCGGAAAGAUCAGCUACGAGCGUUCUACUAGAGCACUGUUCCUGCAUACAGCUCAAUAUAUUAUUUCUACGACGCAGAAGCUCAACGUUAUAUGCAUAAAGCAGAAUGACGAUAAUCCCCAUAAUUUGCCAUCGUGGGUAGCCGACUGGGAGCGAAGGAACAUAUUUCCGAAGUUUGGAGUCAAGCAAUUAUACAUCCGGCAGCCACCUUUCGCCGCGUCCAGAAACGUAAAAGCGUUGUUCAACUUCACUAAAGAUAGAGAAGUAUUGAACGCCAGAGGGUUCAUUGUCGAUACCAUCGCCACAGUGGCCCAACCGUUUCACGACAAUUGGCUUGGGCCUGGGACUCCCGUACCCAGGAGCAUCAGAGCCUCUCACGGUCUUAGAGCUUUUCACGGCUGGUGGUCAGUCUUCACCGACAAGAUCGGAAAGGAACGUUACGAAGUCUUUCAGAGAGCUUUCUGUGGGGGUGCUUGGGCUCCUCCCGAAUCGGAAUUUGAACAAGAUUUGUCUCUACGCCUGGCAUUCUUCUUUGGAAUGAUUAGAAAGUGUCUGCCCGAACUUCAGAUGGACAACGACCUCUUACUAAUGUUUCCAGAUUUAAAGAUAGAGUCGCAGGUCCUCGAAGCACGUCAGUAUGCUCUGGUGUUCUCCGCAUCGCGGCGAAUGCAUGGGAAACGGUUCGUGGUUUCAAGUGCGAAGCUUGCUGGACUUGCACCACAGGCAGCCAGAGAGGGCGAUAAAAUAGUGGUGUUAUUUGGAUGUGACUUUCCAGUGGUUAUGAGAAAUAUGGGGACAUAUUGGUUGUUAAUUGGGGAGAUCUAUGUGGAUGGAAUCAUGUAUGGUGAAGCUAUGGACGAUUUGGCAUCUGGGAGGUAUGUUGAGAAUACCUUUGAAAUUUGGUAAUCGUAUAAUCUUAAAUGCUUUUGGUCAGCUAGUAUUUAAACCACUCAAAUACCAAAUACACCUAUUUUCUCCUACACCGGUUCCUUCAUCA